AUGCCGAGUUCUCAGAUUACAAGAUCUUCCCGUCGCCAGAAUGCCAGCUGCGAUCAAUGCCGACAUUCGAAGCGUCGAUGUUUGGUAAGACCUUCCAACGACCAGGAGAAUGGCGGUCGUACAAUCUGCCAUAACUGCGAACGGUUGGGAAACCCGUGUACUUUCAACUUUGCAAAUACUCGGUCAGCUCAACGACCCAAAAGACAAGCAGGACGCAGCGCAGAGAGUCCUCUUGAUUGCCCAAGUACGACUGACCAUGCAGUACAGUCGGGCCAUCUUGCUACGGCUACUAGUGCUGACACUAUCACUGACAUUCCAACCAAUGGAUUGUCAGCCGCCUCAGAGGCUGGCGAUGGCGGACUGGGGUCAUGGCUUGAAUUCGACCUUGAUGGGUGUCUUGAGGGCAAUGGCCUGCUCGAGCCAGCCACUUCAUCGGACCUGCCAUUUCCAUGUCUAAUGGAGAUUGGGCAUGACGCUGAAAGCACAAUCCCGCAAGUCCCUUCACGGCAUGUAUCACGGUCUAUCGUCGGCUGCUCAGUAAACAGCCCUGUUCGCCUGUUGAACUCGAAAUCAGACAUGACGUUACUCGACAAUCAUCUGGCCCGAAUUUAUGAUACGAUCACGGCGGGAUCUGCGUCGAUAUUUCUCGAUUGCAAGUGCAACAUGUACACAGGAAAUUCGCGAUAUCGAUUUGAUGACAUUGAUUUGCGAGCCCAGAUCGAGCCAUCCCCUUCCGAGUUGAGGGAGCCGUCAUCGUCCCAGUCGUUGCAGACCACUCCCCCAUUAUGCGUCGCACCAUCAUCCUUGCGAAAGCAGACCUCCGACAAUACUUGGCCUCUUAGUUCUUCAGCAACGCAGGCUGCAGCCCAAAAAUUGACGGUGCUGGGAGCUGUCCGUUUCCUGGACCAUUUUAGCGACCUUUACGGCAACAUCCUCAGUACAGGUGCCCAAAGGAAAUCUGAUGAGGUCUUAAAAACAGUGCUAAAGGUUUUCUCCUUUCAAUGGCUAUCAGAUCGUAGUUCGUCAUGCGACAAUAUGGAGACCUUCGACGAAGAUAUAUGGACCGAGCCUCCGAAUGUCAAAGAGCCAAAAGGAAGUGCAAAAGCAAAAGAUUUUGUUGAUGCGUGGUUUCAGGCUCGUUCCCUGAUCAACGACUCCAAGUCCGUCCGGUCCUUCAGGAUCGUCUAUGCCACUUUGUUAUUCGACACCAUUCCCAUCCCCGAAGAAGUGGUUGAUGCCGUUGGUUAUUCUGGCUGGAAGCAUGAAUUCCUCGAUCUUGGCCUUCGAAAACUCUCUACUUUGGAUGCCAUCGUCCGAAGGUAUUGUGCGAAUCUCGGGCCUUUCUCUGGAUAUGGCAAUUUUAUAGAGUCAAGCCUGAACAUUGUUUUAUGGUUCGGAUAUCUUCGGGACACUGUGGCAUCACUGAUGACAAGUCGUCAAUGCAAGCUGCCAGAGAUACCCAGACAGUCCAAGCCCGCACCUGCGAUAUCGGAAUUUCUGGACAUAGAUUCGGAGAACAAUGUCCCAGAUAUAUGCCGGCGAGCUCUUGCAGGUGCAUUUCAUUUCUGGAGGCAAAUUAUUAAGAUCAAAAACCAAAAUCUGACUUCAACAAACGGCGUUAAGGACGGCAUCCCGGAGUCCGUACUCGCCAUCACUUCGACAAUGGCAGACAUUGAUGCCUUUCAACAAUCGUAUCACACUCUUCUGGCUUACUGUCCGGCCAAAUCAACGCCUCUGUCUGUGGGAUCAACCAAGUUCUGGGUAUCAUUAAUAGUCUUCUGGAAUCUCGGACUGCUGGUCUUCGUGGAGAGCUCGAAGUCUGUGUUGAAUGAGUGCGAGUAUUUCCACCAGCAUCUCAUUUCGAAAAUUCGAGCCAUUCCGCAGCAAGCUGCUGCGUCACUUACGCGGGCGGUCGAAUGCGUCUUCGUGCUACCGACUGUCGGAAGCUGGAAGCCAGACAGUGGAUUGGGCGUCGACGUUCCGAUCACCGCAUGCCAUGUGACCCCUAGCAUUGUAGUAACGGCUUUGGGGAAAGCCAUCGAACAGACUAUUGAGGCACAGUCCGAUUCUGAGGCUGGUCUGAUCUUCGAUGGUGUCUGGAAUCGUCACGUCGCGGUCCUGACGAAGGGUCUUGUUUCCCUCGAAGUGACCAUCGGGGGCUCGCGAAUUGCCGGUACGGCUCUUCGAUCACUGAUGCAGCGUUACGGUGACAUUAUAUCCGAAUGCUGGUCGGUUUAG